GGGUCACGUGUCCCGCAGACCCGCCUUCAUACUUCCGGUCACGUGCCCUCAGAGUUCUCGCAGCCAGCGAUGGAGGCGAGACCCCCUGGUAACAGAGGCGGUGGCGGCGGCAGCGGCUACUGGGUUUCAGCCUCUUUCCCGCAGCGUCUCUAAGAAGCUCAGCGGAACUCGACUCGACCCAGCGCAGUAACUUACUCCCUGCCCAGGGCCGUCUCCCACCUGAUUUUAAUUCAUGUUUCCUAAAACAUGGUUCCUGUGGUAUGGAGUUUAAUUUUACAAAGUAUAGCACCUUCUAGCCGUCAUGGCAACUUCAUCUGAAGAAGUUUUGUUGAUUGUAAAGAAGGUGCGACAGAAGAAGCAGGAUGGAGCUCUGUACCUCAUGGCAGAAAGAAUUGCUUGGGCACCUGAAGGCAAAGAUAGAUUUACCAUCAGCCAUAUGUAUGCAGAUAUCAAAUGCCAGAAAAUCAGUCCAGAAGGAAAAGCGAAAAUUCAGCUUCAACUGGUCCUGCAUGCAGGGGACACAACUAACUUCCAUUUUUCCAAUGAAAGCACAGCAGUGAAAGAGCGAGAUGCAGUGAAAGACCUUCUUCAGCAACUGCUCCCCAAAUUCAAGAGGAAAGCAAAUAAGGAACUGGAAGAGAAGAACAGAAUGCUGCAAGAAGAUCCUGUUUUGUUUCAGCUUUAUAAAGAUCUUGUUGUGAGUCAGGUCAUCAGUGCUGAGGAAUUCUGGGCCAAUCGUUUAAAUGUGAACGCAGCAGAGAGUUCUUCCACGUCUAAUCAUAAACAGGAUGUUGGCAUUUCUGCAGCAUUUCUGGCUGAUGUCCGACCCCAGACAGAUGGAUGUAAUGGUUUGAGAUACAAUUUAACAUCUGAUAUCAUUGAGUCCAUUUUUAGGACCUAUCCAGCAGUAAAAAUGAAAUAUGCAGAAAAUGUUCCCCACAACAUGACAGAAAAGGAAUUCUGGACACGUUUCUUUCAGUCCCAUUAUUUUCACAGGGACCGGCUGAAUACAGGGUCAAAGGACCUCUUUGCAGAAUGUGCCAAAAUAGAUGAAAAAGGGUUAAAAACAAUGGUUUCAUUAGGAGUGAAAAACCCGCUGCUUGACUUAACAGCUUUGGAAGAUAAACCAUUAGAUGAGGGCUAUGGCAUUUCCUCCGUGCCAUCUACUUCUAAUUCUAAAUCCAUCAGAGAGAAUAGCAACGCUGCCAUCAUCAAGAGAUUUAACCAUCACAGUGCCAUGGUCCUGGCAGCAGGUCUCAGGAAACAAGAAGCACAAAAGGAACAAAAUGGCGAGCCCAGCAGCGUUGAUGGCAAUUCCGGAGAUACAGAUUGCUUUCAGCCAGCAAUUAAAAGGGCGAAGUUACAAGAAUCCAUUGAAUAUGAAGACUUGGGAAAAAAUAAUUCCAUAAAAACAAUUGCACUAAACCUCAAGAAGUCAGAUAGGUAUUAUCAUGGUCCAACUCCAAUCCAGUCGCUGCAGUAUGCAACAAGUCAGGACAUUAUUAAUUCUUUUCAAAGUAUUAGACAAGAAAUGGAAGCUUAUACACCCAGAUUAACUCAGGUUCUCGCAAGUAGCGCUGCCAGCAGCACCAUCACAGCCCUGUCGCCUGGAGGAGCGCUGAUGCAGGGAGGGACACAGCAAGCCAUAAACCAGAUGGUGCCAAAUGAUAUUCAGUCUGAAUUGAAACACCUAUAUGUGGCUGUUGGGGAACUUUUACGGCACUUCUGGUCCUGUUUUCCUGUUAAUACACCAUUCCUAGAAGAAAAGGUAGUGAAAAUGAAAAGUAAUUUGGAACGAUUCCAAGUUACAAAGCUCUGCCCAUUCCAAGAAAAAAUUCGGAGACAGUAUUUAAGCACAAAUCUGGUAAGUCACAUAGAGGAGAUGCUCCAGACAGCCUACAACAAGCUCCACACGUGGCAGUCACGGCGUCUGAUGAAGAAAACGUGAAGUGUCUGCAGCUCUCACAGGUUUUGUGAGACUGAGAGAACUGUGGCCUGCAGUAACUCUGGAAACCUGGCCUGACAGACAUGGCAGGCGAUCACACAGAAGUGACAAGAAACAUCUGCAGCGCGCCGACUCUUGGAGCUGAUGCUGUUGUACUUGCACAUUGAGAACUGAAAGGAAAGGAACUGUGAUUAAACUAAAAGCUGGGGAAGUAAAUUAAGGCAGAACCAAAAUGAGCUAAGUUGCAAAUAUAUAUAUAUAUAUAUUUUAAAAAGACACUGUUUACUGCAGUUACUCAGGAACUGCUUUUGAUUCACAUUAAGCUGCUUUCAGAAAUUUAAAAAAAAAAAAAACACUUUUUAAAAGGGUGCAUUGAUAAAUCUGAGGUUUUUGUUUUGUUUUUUUUCUGUGUAAAUUUUUUUCCUAAGUUUAUGGCACAGGGUACACCUUAAGUAUUUCUCCUCCAUCUCCCACUUGGAUCCUCAAGUUUUGCUGAAUUCUAGUUGUACCUUACAUCAGCAAGUUAAAGAGAGUACUUUAAAAUAAAGCAGAGGGAGACUGUUGCUCAGCCAUCCAGAAACAGUUGUAGUCAGAAGACAUCAUUGGUCCUGUGUUUCCUACGGAAAUAAGAAACAAUAAAUAUUGCACUGAAUGUUUGUGGUUUGGAGUCCCUAAAUGAUAAAGAGGGGACAUGUUUGCAGAAAGUCGUGUGAGGUUUUUAUGCAGAAUUUUGUCAGAGGACAAUGGCGCUGCAUGUUUUUCUUUGAGUGCAAAUGUACAUUGCUAAGAUUUUUUUUAAGAUGGCAUGUGCUUUGAAAAGAGGAAAUUGCAUUUUUAAGAGUUUAAAAAUCUUAUGAGUGAGAAAUAUAAGAAAUCUUACUUAUUUUCACCUCUUUAGAAAAAAAAUAAAAGAUGUUUCUCAUA